CUCUCGCCUCUCUGCCCUCGCCGAGGCGAACAACCAAUCCGACCCGACCCAAUCCCCAGCGCCGCGGCGCCAGCCACCGCCGCCGCCUUCGAUGGCCGCAAGGCGCGGGCCCCACGUCAUCAGCCUGGCCGAUCCCAACCCGCCCCUUCUCGGCCGCGCGCCGGGGGCGGCGUCGGCCGCCGUCCCGGCGUCCGCGCCCGCGCCCUCCUCCGCCUCCGCUGCGCACCCCGCCUUCGCCGUGAUCGAGGAGCGCCUCGUCGCCCGGGACCAGGACACCCAGGAGCUCCUCAUCGACAACCAGCGGUUCGCCGCCACGCACGUCGCGCUCCAGCAGCAGCUCAUCGCGGCGCAGCACGAGCUGCGGGCGGUCUCCGUCGCCGCCACCAGGGCCCGCGCCGAGCGGGAGAACGAGGUGCGCGCCCUGGCAGAACAGGCGGCGCACAUCGAGGCCGAGGCGAGGGCCGUCGCCGCGGCGCGCGCGGAGGUCGACCAGGUGCACGCCGACAUCCAGGUGCUCGCGAGGGCGCGCGCUGAGCUCGUCAGCCGACUCCAGGUCCUACGGGACCACCUCGCGCGCAAGAAGGCCGAGGCGAGUAAGACCGAUUCCGUCCGUGCCCAGAUUGAAACCAUGCGCCGGGAGAUCCAGAAGGGCAGAGCUGCGGUUGAUUUCGAAAAGAAGGCACAUUCUGAUAAUCUCGAACAAAGUAAAGCAAUGGAGAAAAAUAUGAUCGCUGUGGCUAGUGAGAUUGAGAGGCUUCGAGGAGAGCUUUUAAAUGCUGAAAAAGGGACCACGGCUGUCAACUCAGCAGCAGCUGUUCCUAACUCUGGGUAUCCUGCGGCUUAUGGCAGUUCCGAGGCAACAUAUCCCGGAAUGUACGGAAAUCCUGAUCCAACAUAUGCUGCACACUCUUAUCCCGAUGCUUAUAGCACUAAUCAGGCUCAUAUGCACACCGAAGGCAAUUCUCAUUACAUCAGUCAACCUGUUUCGUAUGGACAAUAUGAGAGCCAGCACACCAAUGUUCAAAGAUGACUGCCAACUCAAGAUAGCUUAGACUUGCCUGCCAUCUCAGUGUAAAAGGAUAGUUGCAGAAUCAGCCAAACUAAGCAUGUUAGAGAUAUUCAUUACAUGGAAGUGCUGGAAGUCCUCGUGUUCAUGUUUUUCUUUUCUGGUCAAUUUGUUCCAGAAUGUAUGAGUCGGAAUUUGGAGCAGAAAUCUUUCUUGCUUCUCGAUGUACUAGCCUGAUGAUUCAUCAGUUAGCUCUGCAGAUCGGUGUUGUUAUUCAGGGAUGCUGAUGACUCACUUUUGGUGGUGCAGACAUCUGUAUAUAUAAAUGGAUAAUGCCAGCAAGUUGGAUCAUCUUUGCUCGCCGA